CGAGAAACCGGCUCGGGAUGAAACACCGGCCCUCGGGAAAGGGCCUUCCGAGGCGCCGUGUUGAGCAAAAACAAGACUUCGGAUUCCGUAGCCAUUUUGGCCCAAACCGCCCUCCUUCAGCUCAGCUGCCAGUGAGAGCCCCCGAGCGACCAGAGAACAUUCCGCCCUGCCAUGGCCCUCCUCGCGCGCGCCGCCGCCCUCGCCUCCCUGCUCGGCCUCGCCGCGGCCGAGUACGUCUCGGUCUCCAACUGCCGGGUCCAGCACUGGUGCGGCAUGGACAACGGUGCCGGCUGCGGCGAAGAUACCUGCCUGGGCCUGCUCCAGACGGCGAUCUCCGAGCUUCAGGGCAGCUUCGGCUCCAACAACCCGGAGGCCGACUUCCCCGAAGGCCAGACGUUGUGCAGCCUGGCGGUCCAGACGAUCGCCACCAAGUGCGAUGUCUGCUCGACCUGUGACGACUCCCUGGCGCAAGACCCGACCGCGACUGUGAGGCUGGUCGAUGCGACCGUGCCCGCGGCGUCGCCGAAGUCCCGGGCAAGCCUGCCCGUCGCCGCCUUCGCCUGCGUCCUCGUGGCGUCCGCGUGCGCGGUGCUGGCGGUCGCCAUCCGCCGCGGCAGGGUGGCGGCGACCUCGGGCGAGGUCCGCUCGGUGCUCUCGGCCGAGCCGCAGGAGGCCUCGGGGGCGCCUCUGGCCGACGAGGGCGCGGCGGGCACGUCGGAGUGAAGCGCCCCGAGGCGCGCGCGCGCGCGCCAGAAGGCGGCGCCGGCCCCGGCGACGCGACAACGUCGGCGCGCAGGAGGAGGAGAAGGAGAUGGCACAUGGGAGAGGACCGAAACACGAUUGCAAGCUCUCGCCGAAUGUUUGUGUCAUAGGUGACUGGCAGCAGUUGGGGUUGUUCCAAAGUGGUGAGUUGCCCCGACCGUGUGGGCGGUGGGGGGAGCUUGCGGCCGGCUGUAGUUCUGAGGAGACGACAGCCGAGUGCAACCCACUGUCUCAGUAAUUUUUCCAUGAGCUUCUGUGCGUCCUUGGGCUCAACGGUAGGAGUCCCAGGGCUUUUUUCGAUCUCCGCUUGGGUUCGCGCUGGGGCCACAGGGACUGCCAAGCAGUCCUGGCCCGGGCGCCCCCUGGCGGCGCACGCGGAGUGGAGCCUCAGUUUUUGUGAUGUCAUUGCGAGAGGCGGUCACAGAACCUGCGAGGCGACACCUUGCGCCACGGCUCGUGCGCAAUCAAGGCCGCGCCAGGGCUGGGCAUGUGCGCACAGAGGCGCGUGUACAAUUCAACGGGCACUUUGCGACCGCAGCAGAUCGCGAUCGACCACACCGUGAGGGCAUCACAAUCAAAAGAAA